AUGUUACUGCGCCGUCUUUCAUCUACUCGCCCAUCCUCAUCAUCUGUAGUGCUGCCACUCACACUUCUCACCCGUUGCUGCAGCACACAUACGGGAAAUACACCAGGCAAGAAGGAGGAUGCCAUUCACAGUGAAAAGACUACAGAUCCCAAAACUGGGGACUCCGCCCUCGCACACGUAGAAGAAACAGGAAUAGAGAAGAAGGAAGGGUUUCUUCAGCCAUCGGAUGAUGUGGUAUUGGAGUACGCACGGCAUGCACUUAAGCGUGAGGGACGUGAUCAACAACCCGAGGCCAUUGUAUGGCAGUGGGAAACAACACACCCACCCAUCUUAGCGAAAGGUAAACAGAACUUUUAUGAUUACACAGAUGAUAUUCCAGCCCAUGUGAAACCCUUCUGGCAUCAUGAGUAUUAUCAACAACGGGAAUACUUUCGAUUACAACGUGAGAAACGUCCAUUAAAGGAGCGUUUAAGAAUAUGGGGAACGGUAUUCCUAUGUAUCACAGCAGCUGGAGCCUUUCUUACAUUCUUCCGUGUCUGGGUUGGACAACCAAAGGAGAUUCGUGAUUUGCGUGAGGAGUUACUGCAGCAAACAUACGGUAGAGUGUUGGAGCUGGCGGCGGGCCAUGGACAAAACAUCGGCGCCUACCCGUACGCCGUGCAUGAGAUCGUCAUGUGCGACUCCAACGCCCAACAACUGCAGGCAUUACGUUAUCGUCUCCCCCGCACGGCGUAUCCAAAGUACGAUGUCCGACGUGUGCGUUCAGAGAAUUUAGAAGUAUUUGGCGAUGCGGAGUUUGACUGCGUGGUGGAUAUGUUUGGAUUGUGCCACUUGCAUGAUCCCGUGAUGGCCCUUCGGCAGAUGCAGCGGGUGGUGAAACCGAGUGGUCUCAUUCUCCUACUGGAGCACGGCAGCAGUCCAUACCCGCCGGUGAAUUGGUUCCUCGACUACUUUGAACAGCGGCAUAAUGUAAACACGCAUGGGUGUAAGUGGAACUCACCCAUUCGCGACUACUUGAAGGAGUCACGGCUGGAGAUUAAAGAACUUCGCAAUAUGCACUACGGCACUACUUAUUAUGUGGUCGCCUAUCCAGAAGUGUUAGAGGCAUUUGCGAACCGCGAUGGCACACAGGCGGCAGCAGCAGCAGCGGCUUCAGCACACGCCGCCACUCAAGCAGCAUAA